AUGUCGCAAAGAUUCGGAGCCUCGUCACUUCACCAGCGCGACUCCCGCAGCAUGCUCUUUGCGGGAUACAACGGCGGCGAUCAGUCACAGCGAACGAGACCCAGUCCGUCUCCCUCGCCCAACGCCGGCGUAGGAGGAGGCUACGGAUACAGCAGCUAUGGGGGAUACUCUCCUUCAAUGGGCAAUGGCUACGGCGACGCCGGGUCGCCCUCUAACUCGUACCGAACUGCGACGCCCAACAAGAAGGGGCAGUACAGCGACGCGGUGCUGAACGAGCUGGAGAGCCAAAACGACGAGCAGGUUUCGGGCAUCUUGGGAAAAGUCAGGGUCCUCAAAGACAUGACGGCUGCCAUCGGCGACGAAAUUCGCGAAUCCACCGCCCUCGCCGAGAAGAUGAACGACACCUUUGACUCGACGCGCAUGCGCCUCCGCGGCACCAUGAACCGCAUGCUCAUCAUGGCCCAGCGCAGCGGCGUCAGCUGGAAGUGGUGGCUGCUCUUCUUCUUUGCCGUCGCCAUGCUCUUCAUAUACGUCUGGCUGUUCUAA